AGCAACAACGCGCUUGUCACUUGCGCCGGGACGUACUUCAGCUGUAUCAAUGGAACGAAGACGACUUCGAUCUCAUCGCAUCUCAUCAUAAUCGUCAGAAUCGUUAAAAUUCAGUGCCUUAGCGGCGAAGAUGAGUGAAGAAGGGAAGGAGAGAGGAGUCGCCAGCGGCGAUCCCCACCACCACCACCACCACCAUGGCGUGCCGCCGGAGCUUCAAUACGGGACGUUCCAGGGUGUCGCGAACUACCCUCCGCAGCCGGCAAUCGGCUUUCCUCAGCCGGUUCCGCCGCCCGGAGCCACCGCAAACCCUCAGUACUUUGCUCAUGGCUAUCAGGCCGUUCCAGGUUAUGCAGUUGCUGAAGGAACACCUGUAAGAGAACGUCGCCUUCGUUGCUGUGGUUGUGGGAUGGGUUGGGUCUUGUUUAUCAUUGGUUUUUUCCUUGCUGCUAUCCCCUGGUAUGUUGGAGCAUUCAUUCUACUUUGUGUGAGAUCGGUUGAUUACAGAGAGAAACCUGGAUAUAUCGCUUGCACAAUCGCUACUGCUCCACAUGUGCAGGCUGUUAUUGCGACAGUUGCAAUCCUUUUUGGUGCUACAAAGGUUGACUGGUAAUCUGGGAUCGAGCAGUUUGUCGUCGAUGUUGCAAAUGGGUCUUAAUCUGUAAUCUGCAAACUUUAGUGUGGCACCAUCCGGGGCGUCGGUUAAACCUAUUUUCUGGAAGUGAAUCCUGUGCACUUUGAAUUGUAAUAAGAACUAUUGAAUAAUUCAUUUGUGCACCGAACUUGCUUGUACAGGCUUGGAGUGAAGAACAUUGACAUUGUGCAUGAUUGUAUGAUAUCCCAAAAUUUGUCACAUUCAUUGAUUGUGGGUAUUAUGAGUUUAUGAUUUGAUUUA